CUCAAUGAGAUUUUUUCACUUUCAUUUACAACUAUUCCUCGAGAUGGGCGUCGUUUUGGUUUUUGUUCAUGAUAGCUCAAAGGGGGAAGGGUUAGGGAGGGUGCCAAUUUUACAAUUUUUUCAUGUAAUGUCUCUCGUGGGAAUUUUCCUCCGUUCUCUUUUGAGACACUUGGAAAACAAAACUUACUAUUUCCCUUGGGAACACACAUUAAGCAUUUAUUGAUGAGGUUGAGCAUGAUAUCAAAAAUUAUUUAGUAAGUCAGAACAAUUCUUGAUAUCGUACGAAAGCCUAAUUCAAUAAUUAUUUUAUUAUUUACCUCGACUAACUGAAAUAUUAUAUCUAUGAAAUAUUAUAACUAUAUAUAACUAUACAUUUAUUUCCUGAAAGACGUGAUACAUUAAUGGACCUUCGUUCUUCGGACAAGAAAAAAUAGGAAAAUGGUAGUUUUUUCUCCAUUUUGCAAAAAAGUUUAGAAAAAAUGUAGGAUGUUGCAGAAUAUUGGGGAUUGGUACAUCAAUCAAAAUCGGUUUUUAAGCAGUUUUCCUGGUUUUUUCGCGUGUAAUUUAUAGCCCAUAAUCCUUUGCGCACCCUCUGGUAUAAAGCUAUGUGAUGUCAUCAAUUCAUCGUCAUUUGCGAUUGACUUGCUUUGUGCACAGAUUCGUACUACUAAAAAAAGUGAAAAUUACUUCAUUAGCGAACUAAAAUAUAUUGCAAUGGAUAAUGUUCAAUUAAACGACAUCUUUCUUUACGAAGAAACUUCAUUAAAAGUUGUUGAACAACUUGUGGCCACUGGUCAUUACGGAUCAGCGAAGAAUAUGGAAGAAAUUUUGGACAUUGCAAAAAAAAGGGCCUCUAUUGCAAAACGUCGUAUUGAACUGCUCGAAAGAUCAUUUUACGACCAGAGUGCAGAAGUUGAAUAUUUAGCAUUAUGCUGUGAAGACUUUGGCGUUGGAACAACUGUUGAAGAAAGUUCAGUUAAAGUUGAACAAAAUGAAGCAACAGCAGUCAACAAGUCCAUUGAAGGAACCACAGCUGUCAUUCAACAACAAGCGACUGAAAACGCCAUUUCAAUCGUGUAUGAUGAAAUAGUUGCGGAAGCUGUUGAUGAAAUGCUAAAGCAGGUUGACUUGGUCAAUAUUGCAUUGAAGGACUUUGCUGAGAACUUGGUUGUGCUUGGUGAUGAUGAUGAUGAUGAGCCAGAUCAACUUACUGUUGGUGGUUUAGACAUCAUUCAAACACAAACAGUAGAUGGUGGUGAGCAGAUUUUCCAACCUCAGCAUCCUGGUGAUGAUGGUAAAAUCACCAAAGACAUACCUACUCAAGCUGUUGGUGAAAUCAAAGAAGACGUAUCUACUCUAGCUGUUGGUGAAAUCACUGAAGACUUACCUACUCAAGUUGUUUGUGAAAUCACUGAAGACUUACCUACUGAAGUUGAUGGUAAAAUCAACAAAUACUUAUCUACUCUAGUUGUUGGUGAAAUCACUGAAGACUUAUCUACUCUAGUUGAUGUUGAAGUCACCAAAGACUUACCUACUCUAGUUGAUGGUGAAAUCACUGAAGACAUAUCUACUCAAUUUUUUGGGGAAAUCACUGAAGACUUACCUACUCUAGUUAAUGGUGAAAUCACCGAAGACUUUCCUACUCUAGUUGAUGGUGAAAUCACUCAAGACAUAUCUACUCUACUUGUUGGUGAAAUCACCAAAGACUUACCUACUCAAGUUAAUGGGGAAAUCAUCAAACACUUACCUACUCUAGUUGAUGGUGAAAUCGCCAAUGACUUACCUACUCUAGUUGAUGGUGAAAUCACCAAAGACUUAUCCACUCAAGUUGAUGGUGAAAUCACGGAAGACUUACCUGCUCUAGUUGAUGGUGAAAUCACCAAAGACUUACCUACUCAAGUUAAUGGUGAAAUCAUCAAAGAUUUAUCCAUUCAAGUUGAUGGUGAAAUCACUGAAGACUUACUUACUCAAGUUGAUGUUGAAAUCACCAAAGACUUAUUCACUCAAGUUGAUAUUGAAAUCACCAAAGACUUACCUACUCAAAUUGUUGGUGAAAUCACUGAAGACUUAUCCACUCAAGUUGAUGGUGAAAUCACCGAAGACUUACCUACUCAAGUUGUUGGUGAAAUCAUGAAAGACUUACCUACUCUAGUUGAUGGUGAAAUCACCAAAGACUUACCUACUCAAGUUGUUGGUGAAAUCACUGAAGACUUACCUACUCAAGUUGUUGGUGAAAUCACCAAAGACUUAUCCACUCAAUUUGAUGGUGAAAUCACCGAAGACUUACUUACUCAAGUUGUUGGUGAAAUCACUGAAGACUUACCUACUCAAGUUGUUGGUGAAAUUACUGAAGACUUACCUACUCUAGUUGAUGGUGAAAUCACCAAAGACUUACCUACUCAAGUUGUUGGUGAAAUCAUCAAAGAUUCACCUACUCAAGUUGUUGGUGAAAUCACUGAAGACUUACCUACUCAAGUUGUUGGUGAAAUCACCGAAGACUUACCUACUCAAGUUGAUAAUGAAAUCAGCAAAGACUUACCAACUACUAUUGUUAGUGAAAUCACAAAAGACCCAAGUACUGUUGGGGAUAACGAGAUUAUUCAAGCCCAUCUUACUCUAGAUGAUGUUGACCAAGGUGAAUGCCUAAUUAAAAGUGAUCUUCUAUUUAAUGUUCAUGAUAAGCAUUCAAAAUCCACCACAGUUGAUGAUUCUCAAGAAAUCAAAAUUAAUCAGAUAUAUUCCAAAGAUGAUAAUUGUCACCAUAGCAUCAGAAGUGGAAAUCUGAACGAAAAUUUUACUGAAUCACUUCAUGACAAUCUUUCACUGACAACACCACCAAAUGGCAGAAAGUUAAAGAAAAGAAGGGGAUUUUUUAGAAGAUUAUUUUUUUGCUGUUUCAAGAGUAAUGAAACAAGCGACUAAAAAUUCAUAGAUGAACAAUAUUUUAUAUAUAUAUUCUUGUAAAUAGUGAGUAAAUCAAAGAUAAUAAAAGUUUUUACGUAAGAUUGUAAAUAUGUAAUUAAUGAAAUAAAUAAAAUUAUUUAUAUACGA